AAAAGAGGUACAUAUUGAGACGGAAUUAUUGUGACGGUCUAACAAAGAGUCGCAAGGAAAUUGGGGCGCGAAUAUUAAUUUGUAAAUUGCGACGCUUUAGAGAGCCGCAAAAUAUUUCGACGUUCUAAAGCGUCGCUAUUUACAAAAAAAAAGACACGUGUGUUGCACGUGUUUGUGAGGCAGCAAUGCAACUGAAUUUUUGGGCAAAAAAUCCCGCCUAACUCUCUGUUUUUUUCGCAGAAUCCCGCCUAACUCUCAACCCACCUCCCACGUUUCUCUCAACCUCCUCCCACCGACAUACCUUGCUGAAACUAACCACCCUCGUCAGAUUUCCGAUGAAUUCGUAUCUCUCCUCCUCACCUUCAGCACCGGCCAUUAACGAAUUCCAUGAAUUCCGUCUUCAACCUUUACGUUAGCAAAGUCAAAUCUCCCAGUAUAAGCUAUCUCACUCCUCAUCCUAUAAAUUCAUGAAAAAGCCCAAUUAUUGAAUUCACAAUUCGCUCAACAAAUUCAAGAUAAAUUCGUUGCUCUCUCUGGUUUUUAAUUGGAGAAAUUCAAGCAUACUCUGGUUUCUUAAUUGCUGCUUCAUCCUCGGUGUUGCCGGAUAUAUUCGCCAGUUUUCAAUUGCAGAUAGUUGGUAAUUUGGACGAUAGUUGGAAAGUGGUGAACGUCUGACUUCUUCUUCCGUGUUGUUACUACUGUAGGUUUCGCCGACCACACCGGUUCAAGGUUUCCUGUGAUUCUUUAGCGUUGUUCGUAGGUUCGUGCAUCAGUUCGUGCGUUGCUACACCGGUUCAAGGUUUCCUGCAAGUCUUUAGCGUUGUUCGUAGGUUCUGCAUCGGUUCGUACGUUGCAUAUGCUCUUUGAUACUAGAGGACUAAAAGAACAUUGGUAGCUAUUGACGAAGGGUCGAGCAUUGCUGCAUCCAAGUCCCCAAAAUCUUCUGAUCCAUCCACCCAAAACUGGGGACCGUUCAGUCCUCCAACACUUGGAGUGUCACAGACAUUUGGGACGGUAUCACAACCCAUUAAGCAACCAGUAGCUGCUAAAAAAACCAUGGUUGCACCACAAUCAUCCUUGCCUCGGCCUACUUCCAUGGUUUCAAAGCCACAACUGAAGGCAUUAUCAAAACCAUCCUUUACCCAGACAAAACCAUCCUCUAACCCAUUACAACAACCAAUUCCGCCCACUCUUACAGGAACAACACAAAGUAGAUGGUAUAAAGGACCUACGUUUCCCAAUCUGACUGAAAUUGCAACACAAAAAGCGUCAACACCGAAUCCACACCAGCCUACUAUGCAGCCUGUGUUGCAGCCUUUCAAAGCUACCUUGCAGCCUUCUUUGCAGCCUUUCAAAGCUUCCCAACAGCCUCAAACAGCUACCAAUCAGCCUCAAAAAACUACCCAUCAGCUUCACAAAGCUACACAACAGCCUCAAAAAGCUACACAACAGCCGGUAUCUUCUUUUACAAGUGUCAAACCACAUUUAGAGAAAAGAGCAUUUGUUGCACCUUUGGGAGCAACAAAACAUGUGAUGUCACAAUCUCCUACACCACCAGACACCAUGGCAAUGAAAAAGAGAACCGGGAAGCAAGAAGGUCAGUUGCCUCCAACAUACAUGCAUGUGAGUGAGAAUGCAUUUCAACCUCUGCGAUCUCCUCCAUCCAAUCAGGUUGAGAGUGAAGUUAUGCCAAACUACAACUGGGACGAAUUUGAAGAAUCGGCUUCUGAGAGUGAAAAUGAAUUUGAUCAAGGAGAAGGAAGUGAUACUGCUGUGAAGAAAGCAACACUUCGACAUCGAAUCAUUAUUCCAAAUUGGCCAGAAUCGAGGGAGUUUGAUGAGAAGGUGGAGGCUAUAGCUAUAGAUGCUGAUGGAAUACGACAUCUGGUAAAGGGACCAGUUCUGCCUCGAGACGUUUGGCAUGAUGCAAAGGGGUUCAGAUACAUUGUCAAGCUCAAUGAAUUCAACCAACCUAUUCGAAAAGGUGGGAAGAUCCUUGUGAGCUUCCUUGGAGAUAUUGCAAAAAAUGAUUCACUUUGUCCAGUGGGAGUCCCAAGUUGGCGUGCUGUGAACAAUCAGUUAAAAACUAAUGUUGUUACAAUGAUUCGGAAACAUUUUGUGUUACCUGAUGGACCUCUAGUUAACAAGGCACUAGUGAUGCGUAUUGACAAACCAUGGAACAAUCAUCGAUACAAAUUGAAGAGGGAUUUUUUCGAUCCAGUGAAUAAAUCUCGAGAAGAGAACUAUGCCAACGUGCCUGAUGGAGUGUCCACUAGGAGUUGGACGGAAUUGGUAGAUUAUUGGCUUUUACCAGAGGCCAUGGAAAAAUCUGAAAUGGGAAAAAAUGCUCGAGCUUUACAAGGCAAUAAGCACAACAGUGGUGCUACAAGCUUUGCUAAUCGAAGAGUUGAUAUGAAAGAGAAGAAAGGAGUGUUUAGCGAAUUGGCAUUUUUCAAAUCAGUUUACGCCAAAGAAGAUGGAAGCUUUAAAGAGGGCACACUUCCUCAUCAAUUUGUGGAGGAUGCCAACAAAAAGGUCCAAGAAAAUCUUGCGAGUUCCUCUUCUUCAAAGCCCGUAAUUGAAAUUGAGAAUGCAGUCUUUAAUGAGCUCAUGUAUAAAGGUGAAGUACCUAAACGUCCUCUGAAUUAUGGAUUUGGAGUGAAGCAAAGCGACAUCUUUGGAGUGGAAGGUUUGCUGAGGAAAGAAGGGUCAAGCUAUGUUAACAACAAUGCUAUGGAAGUGGAGAACAUGAAAGGUGAAAUAUCAGUUGUCAAGAAGCAAAAUGAGGACCUUGCGCAACAAAAUCAAGUUCUAAACACCAAGUUUGAAGAAACAACACAAUCAUUUAAAAUGAUUGCUUCUUUUUUGGGACAAGUUUUGAAGGAAGUACGCAAAGGGAAUGUUUCAUCGAACCUUUUAGAUGGUGCGGAAUCAGCAAUAAAUAUGAUUACUGAUGAUUCUGGUGGCAAUGGUGACAACCAGGCCGAGAAAUGAGACUUUGACACUAUUGCCAAAUGCAAGAUUAUUGAUGAUUCAAGUGGUAAUAGUAAAUGUAGAUCAAGAGAUGAACAAGUUAUCUUGAAGCUAAGCUAGCAUAACGAUAUGUUUACUUGUUCGUAGUCAGGAAGUUGUUUUUAUUUAGUUUUGGACUAUCUUGUAGAAAAAAUGAUAAUGCUAGUUAGAAAGUUAUUUGUUUUAAAAUAUCGCUUUUAUUUCAGUUUGACUAGACUCUGCGAAUUAAUUUAAUGUAUAGAUGAUUUUUAUCACUUUUCCUAAAUUAACUACUUAAGUAUAUAUGAAUCAUAGCAAGUUAAUAUGUUGCUUUAAGA